AUGUUUAGUGCAGCUUCUGUCAACUCAACGCUGGCUGGGGAACUUCGGGAUGCCAAAUGCCAACACGAGCUUCAUUUAUCAAUAUGGCGGCGUUUUGGUUUACCUCCUGAGCGCUUUAACCUUCUUCUAAACAAGUCAGAACUUGCCUUUUACCCUCUCCGUCCGGAAUUUGCUGAAUCCACGUACUACCUCUAUCGAGCAACUAAGGAUCCCGUUUAUCUUCAGAUUGGAGCCAUGAUAGUCAAUAAUUUGGAUCAUUAUACUCGUGCAAAGUGUGGCUUCGCAACAAUUCACAACGUUGAGGAUAUGACUCAGGAAGACCGUAUGGAGAGCUUUUUCUUGAGUGAAACCUUAAAAUACCUCUAUCUCGUGCGUGCCUUCUGA